UGCCCAGGCUGGUCUCGAACUCCUGGCCUCAAGUGAUCAGUCUCAGCCUCCCAAAGUGCUGGAACUACAGGCAUGAGCCACCACGCCCGGCCAACAUUUAAAUUUUUGAAUUUUUUUUCUGUUCCCUUAGUGUUUACCAAGCACAUUUAUCGGCAAGCCUCCUCAGGAAAACUGCCCAAAAUAACCACAUGUGGCAAGACUCAUUGUCAGGACAAAAGCCUCAGUUAACGUGGCCGCGACGGGCUUCCAUUGCCCUUCGCUGCCCGCAGUAAGGAUGGCUCCGGUGACUUCCUUCGAACCUCACAUUUCCCAUAACAAAGAUGGCGCCAUUGCUUCCGCGUUCCGGUUGCGGAUGGUGAGUGUAUUGGGGGGCUUGGCGGUUUUUCUCGUCAGUUUUCUGAAGUGCUUUGGAGAGAGGACUAUGGCAGCCAGGGACGCCACUUCAGGCAGCUUGUCAGAGGAGAGCAGUGCUUUGGACCUGCCAUCAGUGUGUGACAUAAGAGAUUAUGUCCUGCAGAGACCCAGCCAAGAAGCCAACAGCGAGGCUUUUAGUUCUUUGGAAUUCCAUUCUCUUCCUUGUUCUUCUGAUGUGGAUCCAGGUACGGUUGACAUUUGAAGCAUCAUCUUAAUUAGCUGCUCACAUUUAAUGUAACUGGGCCGCAGUCAACAGUCAUAAUCAAAAUAGCGAUGUUGCCGUAGCAACCAAGAUCCAACUCAAUUUCUUUUCCUCUCUGCUCACAAGUGCUGCUUACCAUCUAGGCAAGGAUAUGAAACAAAUCUGCUGAAACCUCCUGUGUGAGAUGAAAGUUAAAAACCGCUGGGGAAAAAACAUUCUUGAAUGAUUGUUUUAAGUGUUUCAGUGACGCUCCUGGCUCCAAAUGGCUCCUGAAGGAAAUUGUCUCCCCGGUUCUCUUGUCUGACAGCUUUGCCUCCUGAGAGCUGUUCCCCACACAUGGACGGGAUCAGGGGAAUCAUAGCUUUAUUCCAGAUCAAGCUGCAAGGUCCAGGAAGUGGGAGAGUUGACCCAGAUAAUCCUCCAUGGCUUUUCUAGCUAUAAAGUGAUCCUUUAACUUGGUUAUUCCUAAGCAAAAUACAAAACCACGCUGUUUUAAAACAAGCCUCAGGGUAGGCCUCAAUUUCAUGGAAAAGAAGACAGAGGAUUAUUAAUCAUUUUUAUGCCGUAAGCCAAUAGUUCCUAAAUUUGUACUAUCUGAAUCCUUUAGGGAAGCCCUCGAACUCCCCUGCUUGGCCCAUCAUCACUAGCACAGGUUCUAAUGAUGUCAAAUGAUGGCCAUAUGAAGAGCACAUUAGGGUUUUUAUUUCUUUUUUGUUAAUUAUUGCAUAUCUUGGUAUGAAGAUCAUAUUAAUGAGGAAAAUUAAUGAGCAGAUAAACCUUUUCUGUGUUCUAAUUGCCAACCCCUUCACCCAGUGAUUCUGGAGACUUAGUCUUGGUCUCAAUUUUCUUAUCUGGAAAAUAAGACACAGUAGAGCCGGAUAUUUUCCGUGCUCUUGGAUCCAGCUUCGUACAUGACUUCUUUAUUAAACAGAAUAGGAAAACAGUAUCACCUUUUGGUAAUGAUAAGCCGACGCUGUGAGGGUUGUUUUGCUUGAGAAAACAAAACAAACCCUGUGGCUUCUCAGGACGUCCUUGUUCCACCCUCACAUUCUUUUUAUCGCUUUCCAUGUAAGAGAUGGGAAUAAUCCAAUUGUGACAUUAAUCAAAGAGAAAUCAGACAAAAAUGUUUUCUUUGUAAUUCAUUGGGUAUGUCAUUAAAAAGAUGGGAAUAAUCUCAUUGUGAGAUUAAUCAAAGAGAAAUCAGACAAAAAUGUUUUCUUUGUAAUUCGUUUUG